AUGUCCAAAAACGCUGUGGUGACGCUGAUGAGCGGCGAUGUGGAGUGUCUCACGUCUGGUGUGCGAGAAAUCCACCAAGUCUGGGGCUGUAUUGUAGAUCUUGUCAUAUCCAUGUACUUGCUAUACCAGGAGAUCGGAUUAGCGAGUCUUCUUGUCGUUGUUCCAGCUCUUGUGUGCUUUUUCCUAUCCGAAAAGGUCAGCGAUGGGAUUGGCCCUGCGCGCGGCGGUUGGGCUCAAGCCUCACAGGAUCGAGUCGCCCAAACUUCGACCUUUCUAUCACAGAUUAAAAGUCUCAAAAUGAUGGGACUCACAGAUCUGGUUAAAAAGAUUCUUCAAACUCUCCGUAUCCACGAAGUCGACAAGUCUAGGCUAUUCCGCAUGUUUAUUGUGUGGAUUAUUGGUGUUGCCAACGUCUCAAACCUUCUCACCCCUGCCAUUAUAAUUGUUGGUUCAAGGGGGCUGACUCUUUCUCAAGCAUUCACCUCUCUAUCUAUUGUGAAUCUGGUAUCGGUGCCCAUAUCCGAACUGUCCACUAUCCACCCAACUCUUGUUGCAUCCACGGCAUGCUUGGAACAUAUCCAAGCAUUUCUUCAUUCACCCGCAAAACAAGAUGACAGAAUACACAGCAACACAGUAUCGCCUCUCAUUCAACUUCAAGAUGUUAGUACAGCCCUGAUCGGAAAGAAUAAAGCAAUGCUCAAAAAUGUCUCACUGGAUAUCCACGAGUCAACUGUUAAUAUGGUUAUUGGGCCAGUUGGCAGCGGCAAAUCGAUGUUUCUAAAGAUGUUGUUGGGAGAAACCUCAGUCUCAAGCGGCAUACUGUCCAUUGGUCAUAAAAGCUUACCUGUUGCAUUUUGUGACCAGUCACCAUGGCUUCGCAACGUUUCCAUUCGACAGAAUAUUUUGGUUUCAAUGCAGUUUGAUGAACCAUUCUAUGCCAGGGUGUUGAGCAUCUGCUCAUUGGAGACAGAUCUUGCGGCAUUGCCACAAGGCGAUCUAACCUUGGUUGGCAGCGGCGGCGUUUCUCUCAGUGGUGGCCAGCGGCAUCGCGUGGCUUUGGCUAGAGCACUCUAUUCGCGCAAGGACAUUCUUAUUCUUGAUGAUGUGUUCAGCGCAUUGGAUGUUGCCACGUCGGCGAAAAUCGCCAGGACGCUACUUGGGCCGGGCGGCUACCUUCGAGAAACCCGUCAAACCGCCAUCUUGGCCACAUCUUCAAAACAGCACUUAUCACUUGCUGAUAACGUUAUUGUUUUAGACCAAGAGCAUAAAGUGAAGCUUACAGGAAAAUAUGCCACCAUAAUGGCCGAUUAUUCUUUACAGAAGCUACAGACUGACGAAUCUCAAGAAGAGAGUAGUCAGGAUGUGAACAAUGAUGUGGCACAGGAGCGCGAUGAGGAUAUAAAGUCUGAUUCUAUUGCUGAUUAG